AUGGCUGUCCAGAAGCUGAACAAGGAAAUCGCGAACCACAACUACUCCAAGCGAGCCUACAAGACUGAGGGUUACAAGUCCUUUGAGGACUUUUAUCCAUACUAUCUCUCAGAGCACUGCAACACCAUCAACAGACGUCUCCACCUCGUCGGCACCACCAACGUCGUCGGUAUCCUCGCCUACCUCAUCCUUACCAAGCAGCACAAGUUCUGGUGGAUUACUCUCAUCCAAGGAUACGGAUUUGCAUGGAUUGGCCAUUUUAUCUUUGAGAAGAACAAGCCCGCGACCUUUAAGCACCCCAUCUACUCUCUCAUGGGCGACUGGAAGAUGUGGUUCGAAGGUAGCGCAGGAGAAAAACAGUGGAACUCUGGCCCAUAA